GCCAUUUCCUCCCGGCACCGUGCAGCUGUGAGGGCAGCACAGUGCUGGGUUGGGGUGGCAGCACCCAGGGGACACACGGAGGGACCCCACGCCCGGCCCACGGUCAGUGAGCAGAUGGGGCCGGGUGGGAAACGGCCGCGUUUGGGGCUUUGCGUCACCGUUGCCUUUGUGCGGUGCUCGGGGAGGUGGGGAGCGGCUGUGCGCCACGGGAUGUGGUGAGGUGCUGGGGUGUGCUCAGCUGCAUGGGGUGGGGAUGGGGGUGGCACAGCAGUGAGGAUGACGUGGUGAUGCUGGUGGCAUGGGGAUGCAAAUGGCACAGAGGUGCGGGGGGCACAGGGCUGUGGGUGGGACAGGACUGGGGUGGCACAGGGAUUCAGGCGAUCCAUGUCUCACUGGAGCUGUAACCUCUGCUCCCAUCCCUUCUGCCCGUCCCCCCGUCCCCCCCCUUUGAUCUGCACUUCCCCCACAUGCACUCAGCUUCAGACGCAGGUGGCCCUUCCCAGCCUGGGGGAACCUUUGGGGUUUUCCAGUGGUUCCCCUUCCCGGUGCCACUUCUGCUGCUCUGCUGUCCCACCGUGCCCCUUCCCGGUGCAGCCAUGGCUCUCGGUGUCCUGGGGUGCUGGAGGUGGGCUUUGGUCCCAGCACCCCCCCUCAUUCAGAGGCUGUGCCAUCCCCUGCCGUGGGGUGGAUGUGCUGUUGGGGUCUCAGCUGUCAGAGCAGGGCCCGGGGCCACCUCCCCAUGGUGGUGGUGGACACCUCCCCAGGAGGUGUCCCUGCAGCAUCCACUGGGGAGCAGUUGAGAUGUGCCACUGCUUCCUGCAUUACCACUCUGCUCCCUAAUCCCACUCCUGUGAACACUGACAGCAUCCCCUUCUUAUUCCCACAUUCCUCAGUGCCCUGGUGUGGGGCAUCCUGGUGGGCCGGGGGGUGCAACAUCCCCAGACAAAGGUCUGUGAUAUCCCACGGCCCAGGGAACAUAGUGCUGGCUGUGCUAUGGGGCUGCUCCCCAGCUUUUGGGAUAGCAGUGCUGUGGGGCUGCUCCCAGCCACUGUGGGAUGGCAGUGUGGUGAGUUCGCUCCCCAGCUUUUGGGAUGGCAGUGCCAUGGGGUUGGUCCCAGCUGCUUUGGGAUGGCAGUGCCAUGGGCUUCGGGCAGUGCCUGCAUGAAAGAAGUGAAUGGGACUGGAGAGCGGUGCCGGGGUGACGCGGGGACAGCGUGGGGACCCGGCGUGGCCGUCAGCCCUCCCGCCGUGCUGCGUGCAGGAAUCCCGCCCGGCCGGUUCGGUGCGGGGCACGGCCGAGCGCCGCGCAAGGUGAGCAAUUAACGCUCGGGGCUAAUGGAGAUCGCCGGGCGCCGGGUUCGGGCACAGCUGCCCCGACGUGAGAGCCGACGUGCCGGGACAGGACGGCGGCGGUCCGCACACACCGCGCCGGGGCUGCGUGCCGGGCGGCCGCUGGGAGCGGCUGUGCUCGCUCUGCCCGGCCCCGCUUCCUGCCCGCCGCUGUCACCGCAGCCGCCGUCCCCGUGCGUCAGCGCUGGGGAAGUGCCCUCCCACCGUGACACGGACUGCGGGCAGCUCGGCGGGCGGGGACGGAGCCGGCAUCGCGCGGCCGGAGGUCGGCUCGGCCGGACGUCGCUCAGCGCUCCCCGCCGCGCUCCCAUCGCCGGAAAGAAGAGGAUGUGAGUGGGCUGUAAGAACUGAACGAGAUGGAUGGAGAGCUGCUUGGUACAGAGGUGGAUGGAGAAGCACCCACCGCCAUGGGGGACGUGGGAGGAGAGGCAUCCUGUGCUGAGGGCGAUGCAAAAGGAGAGGUGUCCUGUGCUGAGGUGGGUGGGGAACUUCCCACUGCCAUGGGGGAUGCGGCAGAAGAGGCGUCCUGUGCUGAAAGCGGUGCAAAAGAAGAGGGCCCUUAUGCUGAUGGCCAUGUGGAAGGAGAGAUGGGCUGCUCUGACAGUGAUGGGGAAGGAGAGCUGCGCUGCGCCACGACCGACGUGAAGGAAGAAGCAUCCUGCUCUGAGAGCGAAGGGGAAGAAGUGCCUGAUGCUGAGAUCCCCGCCGCUUCCAAGAGAGUCUCUUUCAUUUCUUCUCCCUUAAGGGCAAUUGUCCGCCUCAAGCAGCGCUACCGAGUGCAGAAGAAAGGCCGUCUGCACUUCGAGCUCCCCCAGGAGAAGUCAUCCGAGCCCGUCCAUGCGCGGGUGCUCCAGAGGCAGUUUUCACUGAACAGAUCAGGUCUGUACGGCUCCUCCAAGUCCUUCUUUAACCAGUCCGGCUUCAAGACAUCCCAGUACUUCACCUUUGACACAUCCGUGGAAGAGUGGGCGAUGAGCAAACCCAGGCGGAAAAAGAAGCGAAGGAAAUCUCGGGUCGUUCUGUACCCCGACAAAACAAAGAGGUACCUCCCAGCGGAGGAGAAGAGCAACGCCAAGCGCUGCCUCCUGUUGCUCAUCGUCAUUAUCUUCUUCCAGAUCCUCAACGCCAUAGAGAACCUGGAUGACAACCUCCAAAAAUACGACCUGGAUGGCUUAGAGAAAACGAUGCACCGGGAGGUAUUCGGGCAGAAGCUCGCUGUGGAAAGUAUUAUGCAGCUGCUGAAGGACUAUCUCGCCACCCACAUCCAUAACAAGCCGCUGGUCCUCUCGUUAAAUGGCCCCACGGGAGUGGGGAAGAGUCACGUUGGCUGGCUGCUGGCCAAGCAUUUUCGCUCCGUCAUGGACAAUGACUUCGUGCUUCAGUACUUUGUCAUGCACCACUGCCCGAGCGGCGCGGCUCCUCUGACGUGUGAAACAGACCUGUCUAAGAAGAUUUCUGACAUGGUUACGAGAGCUGAGAUAGAGGAGAAGAUACCGCUGUUCAUCCUGGACGAGGUUGAACUCAUGUCUCCGGUCCUGCUGGACACUCUCAGCCGGUUCUUCGAACCCAACCAAACCAACGAGUUCCUCAAUGCCAUCUACAUUUUGAUAAGCAACAUAGGGGGUGGUGAAAUCACCAAGUUCGUCAUCCAGAACGCAUCCGCUGAGCUCCUGCAGCAGCGGAGCGGAGCAGAGGAGCUGCUGAGCGUCAUCCAGCCCGUGCUGACCCACACCCACCCGCUGUGGAAGGCGGCGGACGUCGUCCCCUUCGUUCUCCUGGAGAGGAGUCACGUCAUAGACUGCUUCCUGGAGGAGAUGAGGAGGGAAGGGCUGUACCCCGAGCAGAGCCACGUCGAGAGGUUGGCCAGCCAGCUCAGCUACUACACUACAGGCGACAAGCAGUUCUCCAGGCUGGGCUGCAAGCAGGUUGUGGCCAAAGUCAACCUGCUGUAGGCAUCCUCUGCAGAGACGCAUCCUGCUCUCAGGAUUUACAGUCUCAUGGGGAGGGUGUGAGGGCAGAGUGGCUCAGGGGCUGCCCUGGGGCUGCUGGUCAUGGCCAGGGACGGCAGCCCAGGCUCCUCUGCAGCACAACCACCCCUCUCCUCUGGGUGUUCCCCGUGUUUGCAGAGCGCGGUGUGGCCAGCGAGGGCCCUCACAGCAAUUAGAGACACUUUGUUACUCAUGCACUCAUUAGAAUGAGGACAGACGCUGUGCAGCACCAAGUGAAGGAAGGAACCAUAACCCAUUGGAGUUCUCUGUCUCAGCAGCACAUGGAGCCACAUCUCACUGUCUCCAGGGCCGCAGUCUCCACUGGCAGCUCUUCUGCUUUUUGCUGCUGGGUGCACCUCACCACGCUCAUUAUCUAGAAAGCCCGAAAUAGCAACUGGUGUCUGUUGGGCAGCACGCACUGGAAAAGACCAUUUGGGCUGUGUGGGCACAGGGCAGCAGGAAUGCUGGGCUUCUCCCAGUGCUGCAGGGCCCUGCAGAUGCUCUUUGCUAUUGAGACCCAGUGGGGAGCACAUUGCCUGGAAGUACCUCGGGAACAGCACGGCUUUGUUUUGAGCAGGCAGGCGGAGCAGGCGCUCGUGGCAUUGCUUCUCCACGUUUUGGUUUUGUGCCCAGGUCCCCUUCUACAAUUUGCUGUGAAUUCUCACGUACGUAAUCCUGUGGAUGUUUGCACUGGUUGUUUGAUUUGCCUCUUUCUAAUCGUUGGUCUCCAAAGACUUCCAUCGCAAACUUCUGCUUCCGGAGCUAUUGUCAGGAAUAAAUCCAAACUAUCUUGAAUAAAUUAAUUUGAAAGUA